AUGCCCAGCACGGGUCACAAGUUCCUGUCGGCAGGAGGAAACCCUACGGUCGAAGUUGAUCUGCAAACAUCCCUAGGGACUUUCAGAGCCUCAGUGCCCAGCGGAGCUUCAACGGGGGAGUACGAGGCUGUGGAGUUGAGGGAUCAAGAUAGAAAUCGGUUUGGAGGGAAAGGUGUUCUGAAGGCUGUGAAGAAUGUCAACGAAAUCAUUCGGCCGGCUGGAGCUGCUGCACAUCAACUGGAAUAUUUCGAGUACAUCAGCCAGCUCGCAGGAACGAAGGAAAUGUCUCUCCCCAUUCCAUGGAUGAACGUGAUAAAUGGCGGGCAGCACGCUGGAAAUCGUCUGCAGAUGCAGGAGUUUAUGGUUGCCCCUGUUGGAGCUGAGAAUUUCCAAGAGGCGAUGAGGAUGGGCUCGGAGGUCUACCACACGCUGAGGAAGAUCAUCAUCGACAAACAUGGGCCAGCCGCGGCUUCGAUCGGUGACGAGGGGGGUUUUGCUCCUGAUGUCGAGGUGUGCUAG